GAGAAGGGAGGGGAGAGGAAAGAAGAGGGAAUGGACCAGCUGCACUGUGUCAGUGCUGAACUGAGAGGCUGCAGGCAGCAUGAGCAUAAGCAUGAGUGAUACCCUCUUCAAGAGAUAGCAGCAUAGGUGCAGUCGCUAAGCAUGAUGAGCACCCAGGUGUGGUUCCUCUUGUUCAUUGUGAAUUUACUCUCACUACAGCUCUCACUCUGCCAAGAGCUCCAGAGUGAAGCUGACUCCAGCAAUGUUCUCCCUGGCAACCAUACACUCAAUCUGUCCCGCAAACUCCUCCAGUUUAUCCAGUCAGAUCUCAAGAACAUGACCCACCUGAAAGUUCUGGAUGCAGUUCUAAAAAAGCAUGUGGGGCCACUCUCUACAGUCCAGAAACUUGACCUUUCUGGAAAUGGCCUUUAUACAGACAUGAUUGGGUACCUUCUGAGAGAUGCUCCUGCUCUUACCAACCUCUCUUUAAAUGAAAAUAGCAUAACAAAAAUAGGCAAUGGUACAUUCAGUGGUUCCCCAUCACUAAGAAACAUUGAUUUACAUAACAAUGUCAUUCUAGAGAUUGAGGAGGGCACAUUUGAUUCUCUGCUAAAUCUCACCGAGCUGGAUUUAUCAGUGAAUUCAAUCUCAUGCAUUACUGACUUUAAUCUGUUCCAGCUGAGAUCAUUAAACCUAAGCAAAAACAGCAUGACCUCCUUCCAGAGCAUUGACUCAAACCAAGAGUUUGAGUUGCUCUACCUGGACCUGAGGGAGAAUAAGAUGCACUACUUUCCUGUUCUGCCAAAGAGGAACAAGAUCAUCUAUUUAGACCUUUCGCGGAACCAGCUGCAUAGUCUGAACAGCACAGGCCCAGAUGAUGAGCUUCAGUAUCUGAGAGACAUAGAAGGACUGAACUUUUCUCCACUCCGCAGCAGCAAAACCCACCAGCUGCUUCCCAGACUUCUGUACUUAGACCUGAGCUAUAACCAGCUCAAGGCUGUGCCUCCUGAUUUCUUCUCCAGCUUGUGGGCUCUGGAUACCCUGAACAUCAGCAAUAACUGUCUGGAUAACUUCGUGGUGGACACUGAGGGUCCUCUGAAUGUACUGAAGACCCUCGACCUGAGCUUCAACAACCUGCAGAACCUGACGUUUAAGGAAAAUACGCUGUGGGCACUGGAGACACUCUACCUUCAGGGCAACAUUCUCAGUAUGCUGGACUCUGGACUCUUUCGUCUACCCAGCAUCACCAACCUGCAUCUUCAAUUGAAUGAGCUGAGCAUCUGUGGUCCACAGCAAAACCAAACCAGCAGCUGUGUCUCUCUCUUCUCUAUCCCUACCCUGCGAUACCUUUACCUAUCGGAGAACAAAAUGACUUCCUUGCCUGCACAUGCCUUCCAGGGAAGCCCACUACUCAUCCUGGACUUAUCUCUGAACCCUAACAUGAAAAUCAGUGAACAGGCCCUCUCAGGCUUAGAGAGGUCCCUCACCCACCUCUACUUGAGAGGAAACCAUCUUGAAAAGCUUAACAUCAACCUCACAGCCCUACGUAGCUUGAAGGUUCUGGAUUUGUACAAUAACCAGUUAGAUGGCCUGUUUCUAGGUAGCAGAAACUCUGCCAUUGAGAAUCUGAAUCUGCAGAACAACAAAGUCAAGAUCCUAGAUGCUUCCACAGUAUUGGCACUAGAGAAGACACUCAGAACUCUCUAUCUUGGAUCAAAUCCACUCAUUUGCUGUGAAAACAUACAUCUGAUCAGCUUGAUACAGCAGGCCCAUAUGGACACUGACAAUGCCACGUGCCAAAACACAAGGGAUGCUGGGUGUGGGGAAGUCAACCUCAGAGAUGUGAAAUCUGAACACUGUGAAACUCUGAACAGCAAAGUGCUUGUAAUUGCCAUGAUCGCUGUACUAGUUUUGGGGCUGAUGAUUGUUUUGCUGGUGGUGCUAAAGUUGUGCCACUCAAGAAGUCACAGAUUCAGCAACAGUUAUAAGGCUUAAAAUAUUCUAGAAGGGAAACCAAGAAAAUUAUGUUAAUGUUAUCAGAUGUCAGGUAUUGACCUACUAGACAAAACCUUUCAUCUGCAUGACUUAUACAGUUCACCUCCAUCAGGUAGAAUAGCCCAAUUAUAAUAAAGCCUGGGAAGCAAGAUAGAUGCUGAGUAACCUUACAUGGAAGCAGAGACUGAUGAAAAUGUGACUGGUAUCACAUGAGUUCAGCAGAGGUACUGAAAAUAUGUUAUAUGUGUGAUGGGGAAAUGGCUAAAAUGGUUGUACCAGGUGGAAACACUAGGCACUAUGUUAAAGCUGUAAACAGAAAUGUGCAAUGUUACAGCAAAACAGAAUAGUAAAGCUGACUAGACACACUGCCUGAAAAAGAAGGUUUCUAUAUACGAGGAGCAUGAGGAUCAGCACGAAUUAAGUAAGAAACCAUCACUCUUACUCAAUGUAACAAUGACAGACAGUGGAGAUAUGAAGGACCAUCAUUAAUGAGUGUGACUUGGUUUUGCAUACCUACUGAAGAUGUCCUUAUUUUAAUGUCAGUACUCUCAUUUUGGAUGGUCACUACAUUUCCCCAGAGUUGUCUAACAACUAUUCUUUUGCACUUUAAACACUGUGAUAUGAAUAUGAAAGAUGUGUGAAAUGCAAUGUGGACAUAUUGUACUUAAGCAUAACCGAACCCCUUUAAACACUAUAAAGGAUGCAUCUACUACAGUUCUACAUAGAGGUAUAGAAUAAAGCUGAAUUUAAAACUUAAUAAUAUCCACACCACUCACGAUUUAAUUGAUUGGAGUUAUUUUAAGUUAAGUAGCUAAACCCUGUCUUCAACUUUUAGGCUAGUGGCAUUGAUGACUUUAAUGAACUUUAAAUUUUAUAUAGCCUUAGGCUGACUUCCUAAUAAGCAAAUCCAGCUUUGUAAAAUGCCCCUCUGUUAUGACAUGAAGGGCAGUGGUAUGGGAGUCAUGGGACCAGACAGAGACCAUGUGAAGUGUGGGUGUGUGAGAUAUGAUUUAACCGAGCCACAGCAGAGGAAGUGUUGCUGUCCGGACACCUGCAGUAAAACUGCAGCAUGUUUUCACAGCUUUAGGGCUGCUACAGUUACCUUUCCUGUUAUUGAUUUGGUCUUCACAACUCUAAAUCUGAAUAAGGUGUUUUUGUUACUUAGCCAAAAUGUAGCUGUUGGCUGAUGGAAUAUAGUCAAUUUAUUUACAUUUUCAAAAAUCAAAAGGUUGUAUAAUAUUCCUUCAAGGUAUCUGAGUAUCAGAUUUAAGGUAGCGUCAGUAUUCAUUCAGCUUAUUUUAUUAAUAGAUUUCAGGGUGGAAGCUGUUUAAACUUUUUGUCUAUACCAGGACCUGGAAUGACUGAAAUAGACAGGAGGAAAUCCCUGUGUGUUUGAAUGUGUCAUCUCUUUGUGUAUAAAUAGAACUUCAUUUCAUAGCUUGUUGACGCUGUAAUGAUACGAUAUUUCCUCUUAUGUAUUUCAUGGUCACUGCCACUUCUUGUUUAACGUCCUACGCAAUCUGCACCAGCCGAAACUAGUAGUCAUCACAUACACACACCUACACAAUGCUCUGUUCAGACUGAGUCUCCUGCUUCAUUCCACUAAAUAUUUAUGCUUUAUGAAGGAAUUCUAAAAAAAAAAUGUAUGAAGAAUGUAAAUGAGCAGAUGUAUAUUUAUGAAUAUCCAUAUUUUGUUAAAUAAAUGAUCUGCGUGUA